UGUUUUAUUCAUGCUAUACCUCUUCCGUUAUACAUGUGAACCUGAAACGCUGAAACCAAUCAAAAACAUUGUUGUAUUGUAUCAUCUCUUUUAUUGGAACUAAUCUUAGGUUUUUUCCAACAUUAAAUUUUACAUUAAGGAAAAACAAAAAUGGUUGCUUAUGGUUCUGUUCACAACUUUAGUUCUAUCCCAAGUUGCUGUCAAAAUCGAAUCUUGGCUCCUGCCCAUUAUCAAUUUCGUUCACCCAAUUCAAUUUUGAAGUUAAAGAAACAAACUUUCCUCUCAAACACUCAAUUCACGAUUUCUAGAACUCAGAAACCUCGCUCCAGUUUUGUAGUUUAUGCAGCACAGUCCAAUAUUUCUAAAGUUCUGCAGAAUGCAUGGAGAGUUGGUAAGGAUGGAAUUGACGCAGGCACAAAUCUUGUUCCGAAUUCUGUACCGAGACCAAUAGCAAGGAUUGCAGUAACUUUUGUGGCUUUGAGUGCUGUGCUUUUUGUAUUCAAGUCUCUCCUCUCUACAGCUUUCUUUAUAUUGGCUACCAUAGGACUUGCAUACUUCGCAUACCUAGCAUUCAAUAAAGAUGAAGGACCACGUAGUGGGAAUGGAGGAACUACAACCAAACCUAUGGAUGAUCCUGUGGAAGAGGCUAAUAGGAUAAUGGAUAAGUACAAGUAGCGGAAUUAGAGUAAGUUAUUUUGAACCACUCAAUUUCUACAUUAUACAUGUUAGAUGUAAAGUUUUAAUACUCUUGGUGUUAAUGAGAAAGGAAAAGAAAACUUUGAUAGUAUGGAAUUGUCAUCAUAUAUGCAAAUGUUGAUUUUUCA